GAGUGAGACAGAUUGAGCGAGUGUGUGUGUGAGUGUGCACCAGUCGGGUCGGUCGUUGCGGGACUGCCGCCACUGCCAGUGCCAAGUACCAACGCCGCCACUAGUCGCAGUCGCGGACCGCAGUUGUAAAAUGCUGUUUUAUCCGUCCGGUCGGCGUUCCCACAGCUGUUCGUAGCGCGUAAAAUGGCGGCACAGACUACGACGACCAACGCACCUUUGGUGGCCGCUGGCGCCACUGCGGCGGCCUCUGUGGCCAACAACGUGUGGCCCAACACUAGAGACGACUACGAGUUACGCGAAGUUAUAGGUGUUGGUGCUACAGCAACAGUGCACUGUGCAUAUUGUAAGCCACGUAAUGAAAAAUGUGCUAUCAAAAAAAUUAAUUUGGAAAAAUGGAACACCAGCAUGGACGAAUUGACAAAAGAAAUUCAAGCUAUGUCCUGGUGUCAACAUGAAAAUGUUGUUACCUAUCAUACAAGUUUUGUUGUUGGAGAUGAGCUUUGGUUAGUGUUGCGUCUGUUGGAAGGUGGAUCAUUACUUGAUAUACUUAAACAUAAAAUGCGAACAAGUGAUUGUCGUCAUGGUGUGCUCGAUGAAGCUACUAUAGCUACAGUUUUAAGAGAAGUUCUCAAAGGAUUAGAAUACUUUCAUUCUAAUAGUCAAAUUCAUAGGGACAUUAAGGCUGGUAAUAUUCUUUUAGGAGAAGACGGAACAGUACAAAUUGCUGAUUUCGGUGUGAGUGCAUGGUUGACUACAGGGUAUGAUACAAAUCGUCAAAAAGUGCGGCAUACUUUUGUCGGCACUCCUUGUUGGAUGGCGCCCGAAGUCAUGGAACAGGUACACACGGAUCAUGGAUACGACUUCAAGGCAGAUAUAUGGUCACUGGGUAUAACGGCUAUCGAGCUGGCUACUGGCACAGCGCCUUACCACAAAUAUCCACCAAUGAAAGUACUUAUGUUAACGUUGCAGAAUGACCCACCGACAUUAGAUACAGGGGCUGACCAAAAAGAUCAGUAUAAGGCUUAUGGUAAAACAUUUAGAAAACUUAUUACUGAUUGUUUGCAGAAAGAUCCAACAAAAAGGCCUACAGCUACUGAACUUCUAAAACACCCAAUUUUUAAAAAAGCCAAAGAUAAAAAGUAUUUACAAUCUACUCUAAUUGCAAUUGGUCCGAGUUUAGAAACUAGAGUUCAAAAGGCUUCAAAAAGGCAACCAGGUACAUCUGGUAGAUUACAUAGAACAAUAACUGGAGAAUGGACAUGGUCUUCUGAAGAAGAGUGUGGGGAACAAUCGUCAGAUGAUGAAUGUCAAGAAAAACCACUGAAUAAACUAGUUGAGACCACACAUUCUUCAGAUAGUGAAAAAGAAAGUGACGAUGAACACUUGAACUUAGUCUUGCGCAUGAGAAAUGUUAAUCGUGAACUAAAUGAUAUACGAUUCGAGUUCCUUUUGGGCAAGGAUACACCUGAAGGUAUUGCUACUGAACUUGUAGGUGCAGGUUUAGUAGAUGGGAGAGAUGCUGAAGUGAUAGCUAUGAAUUUGAGGGUACUAAUUGGCAAUCAGACGCAACAUAAACCAGUCACUUUUGCACUUGUAUCAGGUUGUAAAAAUGAUGAAACACCCGAUGAAAAAAUGCUGAUUGGUUACGCCCAGUUGUCUUAUGCAGACUGAACGCAUAGUUACCAAAACGACUUAUACAUCUAUUUUUGUGCCACUAGAACACUUUACUCUGUAAAUCAUAUAUACACUUGUGUAAAUAUUUAUAUUUAUAAAUAAAUAAUUUAUUUUUGUA